AUGGCGUCAUCAAACGAUGAUGCUGGUCCAUCCAGCUCACAAGUCGCUUCAAGUUCGACAAGUGCAAACAAAGCCCAAGUUCCCGACCUUGAGGGAAUUGCAAACAGAUUAACGAGCGAAAAGAGUGAUGCUCAAACAAAAGCAGCAGCUGCACAAGAAUUCAAAGAUAUCUUAGAUAUGUUUCAUGGAGCCAAUUUUGCACAAUAUGCAAGACAUAUGUUACAAGCAUCAAUGAAAGCAUUGGCAUCUAUACCUUGUUCUUUUCAGACUGAUGCUCCCGAACAGAGGACACGUUUGACAAUCUUGGAAACAUUGCACAGGCUGCCAACACUCGAUCCAGCCAAGCCAAUCGCAGCUCAUCUGAUGAAAAUGAUGGUCGAGGUCGUCAGACAAGAUAACGAAGAGAACGCAGUUGUAGCAAUCAAGGUUAUCAUCGAUCUACAUAGGCAUCUCAAAACAGAGCUAGAAGGUGAAGUACAGCCAUUCUUGCAAUUGGUCGGAGAUCUAUACAAGAAUUUCAAAGUGACGGUCGCUAAAUCUUUCGAAAGCGAAGCUUCACAAAUGGCAGCAGGGGCAAAGCAAGAAGCAGGAGCCGGCUCAAAGACAGAGACUGAAGCACCUUCGCCUGCUGCUGAUUCACAGGCUGCAAGCGUGACGGGAAGUGAGAUGAAUACAGGAUUGGGAACAUCUCAGCCAAAAACGCUACCCAAGAGUUUCUCUAGCUUCAAAGUUCUUACAGAGUGUCCAAUAGCAACGGUAUUCAUUCUGCAAACCUACAAGAACAACGUUCCAGAAUGGAUACCCAAAUUUCUGCCCUUGACGAUCGAAGACUGUCUAACACAGCAAGCCAGACCGCAAAAAGAGGCACACGAAGCAGCCGCAGAGAAAGGAACCUUUUUCGUUGGAGUAGCACCAGGCAUCAAAAAUCGAGCAUUGUAUACAGAAAUGGUUGUCGCACAAGUAAAGACGAUGUCUUUUUUGGCAUACGUGAUCAAAGGUUCCACAGGACAUAUGAAACCGUAUGCAACUCGAGUUCCUGAUUUGGCUGUGAGAUUGUUGAUGGAUUGCCCGCCUGAAGCAUCAGCAACACGAAAAGAGCUACUUGUUGCUAUUCGACACAUCUUCACUACCGAUCUAAGGGCAAACUUUGUUGGGCAGAUCAAUACUCUACUGGAUCAGCGUGUCUUACUCGGUACCGGCAUAACUACAAGAGAAACUUUGCGACCUUUAGCAAUUAGCAUGCUAGCGGACCUUGUGCAUCAUGUUCGCAAUGAACUGACAAAUGAACAGAUCUACCUUACAGUCCAUCGACAUUGUCAAAUGCUGCACGAUCCAACUCUUGCGCCAGGAAUCAUGACGAUGUGCACCAAGCUUCUUACCAACCUGGUUGAAACCAUCGCUAGCAGACAUCAGGAUGGCGCACAGAAUCUUCUUCGAAUCAUUUUCGAUUCCCUUGUCGAGAAGCUGGGCGGCUUACCUCGAUUACGCGAAGACUACGAAGCAGCACGAGCUCACAAGCGUUCUUCUGACGGUGAAAAACUUGACGCAGUCACGAUUGAAAAAGGCAAAACUGUUCAAGUCAAUGUAAUGGUUCCUGAUUUCGGCAAUGAACCGUUCAAGGAUGCUCGGUUCUUGUUCCGCAAUAUUUUGAUGAGCAUCAAGUCUCUUUUGGUAAAGAUGAAGUCCAUUGGUGCACCUGAACCGGAAAGCGAAAUCAUGUCAAGACUGUUCGUUGAUGGUGUUCGAAGUUGGUCGCUGUACGAGCAAACGGAUCAGCUACCCGACAAGGAAGGUAUGGAAUCGUUCACAAAUAUUUUUAUCGAUAUUGAACAUCAAACAUUCCAUGAAGUUUUCUCAACAAAUAUGCCCUUCCUGUUCGAUCGAAUGCUGACAAGCGGAAUGCUAUUAGGAAUUCCUCAAAGCCUGUUAUCGAAUGAAGCAACGUCUAAACGAUUUGUUGCAAUCUUGCUACGCUUCUUGGUGGAUCGUUUGGCUGAUCUGGGCAGUGCUGACAAGAAACAUGCAUCUGUGAGCCUGCGUUUGUUUAAGAUGGCUUUCAUGGCAGUCACGAUCUUCCCUGACGCCAAUGAAGUGGUGUUGCAACCGCAUUUGAGUCAUAUCAUUAUGACUUCGAUGAAGUUUGCAAGCAGAGCAACCGAGCCGGCAAAUUACUUCCUCCUAUUACGUGCCCUUUUCCGCAGUAUUGGUGGAGGACGAUUCGAGUUACUAUACAAGGACGUCUUACCGCUCUUGCCCGUUAUGCUGGAGAACCUCAACCAUUUCCUCAAUGCAGCCGAACCAUCGAGAAGAGAACUCUUUGUCGACUUGUGUCUCACUGUGCCCGUUCGACUGAGUGUCCUUCUGCCUUAUCUGGGUUACUUGAUGCGCCCGCUCGUUUUGGCAUUACAGUCAUCAACCGAUCUUGUCAGUCAAGGAUUGCGAACAUUAGAAUUGUGCAUCGAUAAUCUUACGCAAGAGUUCCUCGAUCCUAUCAUGGCACCAUAUGCAUACGAUAUCAUGUCUGCUUUGUGGAAGCAUCUUCAACCUUUGCCGCAUAAUCAUCAACAUUCUCACACCACAAUGCGUAUCUUGGGAAAGAUGGGAGGCCGUAACAGAAAAUUGCUACAAGCUGCACCACAUCUAGAGUACAAUCCUUCGCCAAAGGAGCCUUCGAUCACCAUACACCUGGAGGGACGCCCACAAACACUAGCACUUUUGCCUGUCACAGAUUUGGCAUUGGAAAAUGUUCGUAGAAGUGACGCAUUCAAUCGAAAGAAUUCUUUUGAACUCUUGCGCCAUGCUUCUACGAUCUUUUUGGAUUCUACAUUGAACAAUGAUAAUGCACGUGAACGUGAUGGUCAUUUCGAACGUGUGGUAAAGGGUUUAUUUGAUGCGACAAGAGUGGAAGAUUUGAACGAAGAGGCAACGUCUUUCCUUAAAAUGGUUGCUCGUCAAGUGAUCACAUUGGAAGCAAAGCGAGACAAUACCUCACGUCAAUUCAGUCAAUUGACAUUAUCAUUCUUUGAUGGUAUAGUGAGCGCUUUAGGUGGAUUGGAGAACGAAUUGAGCGAUUUACAGGCAAUCAUUGAGAUUGAACAUGGAUUCGUAGGUUCGUUCAGAGAUAUUUGCAAUUCGGCUUCGAAACCGGAAUUGUUUAGCGCUUUGAUCCAUUCGCUUGCAAGUAAACAUUGUAAUUUAUGCUACGACCAAUUAUGGCAACGCAAGACUGGUGGCUGGAUGGGAAUUGACAUGUUGGUCAGAAGAUGCGAUCUUGGUCGGAUAUGGAUGCGUGAUCAUCAAUUGGAGAUCGUGCGUGCAUUGUUAUACAUGCUCAAGGAUAUGCCAAACGAACCUCCAAGAAAUAUUGAUCAAGUUGCAGAAACGCUCAUGUUUGUUCUCAGAACGGUCAAUACAAUACCAGAUGGCAAUGCAGAAGAAUCAGAAAGUGCAGAGGAUAAAACCAUGCAAGAUCGACAGUUCUCGUUCUUGGUUGGAGUUCUCUUGUCAGAGUUGUCCAGCAGUAACUCACAAGUACGCGGAGCAGCAAGAAAGAGUUUUGAACUUUUGGCUGAAUUGAAAGGGAUCAAUGUGACUGACAUUCUAAUGCCAGCCAAAGAUCGUCUGCUUUCACCUAUCUUCCAAAAGCCAUUACGAGCCCUGCCUUUCGGUAUGCAAAUCGGUCACAUUGAUGCAAUCACCUUCUGUCUGCAACUAAGACCGCCUUUGCCAGACUUCAAUGAAGAGCUUUUCCGUGUUUUGACAGAGGCGCUCGCACUUGCUGAAACAGAUGAUCAAGCAUUGAUUGGAAGAACAUCUACUUCGCAAUACAAGAACAUGGUCGCCGUUACGCAACUUCGGGUUGUUGCUAUCAAGCUCUUAGCCUCUGCAAUGGCAUGUCCUGAAUUCGAUGCACUAGGUUCCAAACAUGGUCAAAUGCGAUUGCGGAUCAUCUCUGUCUACUUCAAGAGCUUAUAUUCACGCUCAGAGGUCGUAAUCGAUCAAGCAUACGAAUGCCUGAAAGAGACACUACAUGCAAACCCCAAAUUGCCCAAAGACGUUCUGCAGAGCGGAUUGCGACCUAUUCUGAUGACCCUUGCCGAUCCUUCACGUUUGACGAUGGCUGGUUUGGAUGGAUUAGCACCAAUUGCUACUCCAGCUAUUGUCGAGCGUGCGGGUCAAGGUGCCCUAGAUGGUCCAUUGUAUGCCGAAACACAUCAACUCUUACAGCCUCGACAGUCUCGUGAAAGCGAGCCGAUUGAAACAUUGGCUGCAAUCGUUCGUGUGUUCCAUUUGUUGCCUCCGGCUGCAAAUGCGUUCAUGGACCCAUUGGUUGCUCAAGUUGUACAGAUUGAACAGAUGCUCAAGCGCAGUGGUCCGACACCAUUCACCAAACCUCUCGCACAAUUUGUCGAUAAGAAUGCAAAGCAAGGAGCAGAAUUGUUCUUUAAUCAUCUUGAAGAUGCCUCGUAUGUGAGAUGUUUCCGUCAUUUGAUCGGAUCAGAUUUUGCGCCUAAUUUGCGUCAACAUAUCACGUCAGAAAAGGCAGAACUUCUCUUGCCCGUUCUCAAGUCCGAUGCAGAUUCAACGAAAUCAUUGGCUGGUUUACGAAUUGCAGCUGAGAUGGAGAAGAAAGAAAAAGGCUGGUACAAAGAGAACAAAGACGUCAUUGAAGCAAUCUUGACAUUGUGGCAAAGCGAAGGAAUGGAUGAAGACCGAGCAAAAGAAACAGGACCUCGUGAGAGCCGCAGAUCUGUGGUCACGUCUGAAAUCCUUUGCGAGUAUAUCCGUCAAGGCGGAGAUAUUCGUGCAGAAUACUUCUUUGCAUUGACAAAGGCUUUCACCUACCCUAGCUCUAUCGAUCAGACCGGUAUCUUGCGCACAAUUUAUCAAGAAUUGGCAAUCAAAGGAUCCAUUUCACUCAAGCGUGACGUUAUUCGCUCAUUCGUAGAUGUGUUUGAAGAUGAGAAUGCAAGUCAAAUCUACAAAGCUGAAUGUUUAAGGAUCCUCGUAAACCCGAUUCUGGUCGCCACAGCAAAACCAGGAAAGGAAGAUAAAACUGGUGAAGAUGGGCUAAAGACUGCAAAUAAAGAUGACAAGAAGAGCGAAAAGUCAACCAAAGAUGGCGAUGUGGACAUGAAAGAUGCAGACCAAAAUGGCAAGCCUGCUUCUGAAGCAAAGGCUGAAGCUGAAAAGGUCGAACCUUUGUUCGACUUUGACUUAUUGAAUCACGUCGUUCGUCGUAUUUGGAAGAUCUUCUCUGCUCCCAAGCCGCCAUUGCACCUUUGUUCGGACGAUUUGGUCCGGGUUGAGCUAUUGCACAUGUCAACGAUGGUUUUGGAACACUGUGCUGAUCUAUUGUCUGGCAAUCACGCUUCGGCCAAGGGACCUGAUGACAGUCCAAGAAAAGAUGCAAUCAAGUUCGGAUGGACCAAUUUGACAGCUGAAGAUGUCACAGUAAAGAAUUCUGCAUACAUCUUUAUCGCUCGCUUCUUGGAAUUGUUUGAAAGCCCAAUCAAGAUUGUGACGCAAAUUUUCCUUGGCCUUUUACGUUCACAGCAACCAGAAGGUCGUGCGAUGGUACGCAAGGCUUUGGAUAUUCUCGUUCCUGCCUUGCCAAAACGUAUGCCCACUGAACCAGGCAAGAUACCCGAUUGGGCAAAAGCUACAAAGCGUCAAUUGGUGCAAGAAGGGCAUAAUUUGGCACAACUAUACAAUAUCCUUCAAUUGAUCAUUCGUCAUGCCGAUCUAUUUUACCCAUCUCGCGAGCUCUUUCUGCCUCACAUUGCUAGCAGCUUGGCUAAAUUGGGUCUUUCGCAAACAUCUAACCCUGAAACACGCCAUUUGGCAGUAGAGGCUGUCGAUGUGGUGUUCCAAUGGGAAAAGAAACGAAGUGCAUUCUUGAAGGAGAAAGACGAAGUAGAAGAUCAAAAUCCAAGUCAAACGACUACAGGACGUAAACGUGGUGAAGGUGGCGAAGAAGGCACCACGACACGCAAGAGAGCACGUAUCGACAAAAGCGGUACUGCAUCAGCAACUGCCUCACCUGCUGUCACUUCAGUCGCCUUCAAUCCAAGUGAUCAUGAAUACAGUACACCACUUAAUGUUCGUGAAGCUGUCUUGGGCUUCUUGCUACGAUUCGUUUCUUUGUCUACAGAAUCAGCUUCUCGAGGCGGAACGGUGAAUAAAGCAUUCAUUUUGCUCAAAGACGUUCUCUCUACGUCUGGAUGGCAAGAGAUUCCGAUCAAAUUGGCUAUCUUCCAAAGACCCUUGACGGCAAUGGAGAUCAAAGAACAGACAUUGGGCAUCGUUACCAAUUCGCUACAAACACUCAAGCUUGUUAUCAAAGACAAGAGCGAAGCUUGGAUCUUGGCACAUCUACCACAAAUCCACAAACUGAUGGAAAAAUCUAUGCAAUCUGACGAACCGGCGGUUCUGGAAUCCUGCAAAGGUAUUCUUGACAAAGUGUUUGAGGUAUUGCCUCCUCCACCGGCACCUGUCGAAUCUGCUGAUAAUGAAGAAGAUGCUGAAGGAGAAGAUGAUGAUCAAACCAUGGCAGAUCAAGCUACGGUAACCAAGCCUACGCCUGCUCAACCUGCUGAUGAAGCCAGCGCUUUCCGUGCAUUCGCAGAGAACAUCAUCACUGAAGGUUUGAAGAAUUCAAGCAACGCAUAUGCAGCCCUUGUUACGCUAACAUCUUGGUCAAAGGCAACACCAGAAGUGAUCGAUCAGCAUUUAGCAGCCAUUACAAAGGUAUUGACCAAAUUGACAAAAGAUCACAUUACUGCAACUACACCUGUUUCAAUCUCUGAUCCAAGUCUGAAGAUGUUGAUUAUGGAUUUGGAUUUGCUCAAAUCACGUAUUUCUCAUCUUGGUGAGCAAAGAAGAUGGUUCUUGUCUGCAGUCGUUCAACUUGUGGAGCGUACGAAUACGGUAGAACUUUGCAGAUAUCUAUUAUCAAUGAUGUCCAAAUGGAUCUUGGAACAAAAAGAAGCCUUCCCAACAAUCAAGGAGAAAGCUGGUAUUCUUAUCAAGAUGAUGAGCUAUGAAACUCGCGAUGACCAAUUGUUGCGCGAUUAUUUGGACCUUAUUCAUUCCAUCUACAUCGAACCUGCUUACUCGCGCACUGAGUUGACAGUUCGAUUGGAGAAUGCAUUCUUACUUGGAUUGCGCAAUUCAGAUCCCACAGUGCGACAAAAGUUCGUUGACAUCUUCGAUCGAACUCUGGUAAGAGGGUUACCCGGAAGGAUGCAAUAUCUUUUGGGCACGCAAAAUUGGGAAUUCUUGGCGGAGCAUUAUUGGAUCCAACAAGCAUUGGACUUGCUAUUGGGCUCAAUCGAUGGAGAUCGCCCUUUGCUGGGACCACAUCCUGGCAUGGUUAUCUCGACAAAGUUGGGAGAUUUGGAAUUCGCUCACACUGCUCGAGGAUUAACAGUCGGUGCUUUCAUCAAGGCUUUACGUGCAAUGCUCUACGUCGAUCCCGAAAAGACGCACUUGAUCUGGAUCUCAUUCUUCCGCUCAGCUUGGCGUGCAAUGCCGAGAAAGUUCCAAGAAGAUAUCGGAAGAGCAUUGAUCGGUAUUCUUACGAGACAAAGCAAUUUGCUUCAAGCUGCUCAACGUCCCAAUGUCGUUCAAACGCUUUUGCAAGGUGCUUUGGUAUGUCAGCCACAAGUUGAGUUGCCACCUCACGUUGUCAAGUAUCUCGGUAAAACUUUCAAUGCAUGGUAUACCUCGAUGGAAUUGCUGCAAAAUAUGCUUGCUACUCUGCCAAGAGAGGAUGACUCAAUCCGUGAAGCAACACAAGAUGCUUUAGCUGAAACUUAUGCAGAAUUAUCAGAGGAAGAUAUGUUCUACGGCUUAUGGAGACGUCGAGUCGUCUUUGCAGAGAGCAAUGCUGCCAUUUCGUACGAACAGAAUGGAAUGUGGAUGCAAGCGCAAGUGAUGUAUGAGACUGCACAAAUCAAAGCACGUACGGGAGCAAUCACAUUUACUGAUGCUGAAUACAGCCUUUGGGAAGAUCAUUGGGUAUUAUGCGCGCAAAAGUUGCAACAAUGGGACAUCCUGACCGAUUUGGCUAAAUUGGAAGGCAAUAACGAUUUGUUGCUCGAAUGUGCUUGGCGCUUGUCCGAUUGGGCUUCAGAGCGUGAAAUUUUGGAACAGGCUUUAGAUAGUCUUUCUGCUACCUCUACACCUCGUCGACGAGUGUUUGCUGCUUAUAUGGCACUGUUGAAAUCGCAAAUGGGUCAAGACAGACCGACUGAAUUUGGUCGCAUCUGUGAUGAAGCAAUCCAACUAACUUUGCGUAAAUGGCACUCACUUCCUUCGAUCGUCACUCAAGCACACGUUCCAUUGUUACACAUCUUCCAACAAUUUGUUGAAUUGCAAGAAGCAAGUACAGUCUUUGGCUCAUUGGCAGUCACAAAUGCAACCAAUUUGGAUCAAAGGUCAACAGAGCUCAAGACACUCAUGCAAACUUGGCGUGAAAGAUUGCCCAACUUAUGGGAUGACAUUAAUGCUUGGAGUGAUUUGGUUGCCUGGCGUCAACAUGUGUUUGGUGCAGUAAACAAAGCCUAUCUGCCUUUGGUAGGAAUGCAACAACAAGCUGGUGCAAACAAUAGCACAAAUUCAUAUGCUUACCGCGGCUAUCACGAAACUGCAUGGAUCAUCAAUCGAUUUGCUCAUGUGGCCCGUAAGCAUUAUUUGAACAAUGUCUGCAUUGACUCACUCACAAAGAUCUAUCAAUUGCCCAACAUUGAAAUCCAAGAGGCGUUCCUCAAACUGCGUGAACAGGCCAAAUGCCAUUAUCAAAAUCCGAAUGAACUGGGCGCGGGUUUGGAAGUGAUCAACAAUACAAACCUGAUGUUCUUUGCUGCACCACAAAAGGCGGAAUUCUUCACCUUGAAGGGUAUGUUCAUGGCAAGAUUGGGUUUGAGUGAUGAGGCAAACCGUGCCUUCGCUACAGCAAUUCAAAUGGAUCUCAACUUGGCAAAGGCUUGGACCGAAUGGGGUCGUUUCAACGAUCGCAUCUUCCGUGAUAAGCCGACCGAAAUUGUUUCUGCAAGUAGUGCUGUUAGUUGUUAUCUACAAGCUGCUGGCUUGUACAAGAAUAGCAAAACAAGAAAAGUUCUUAUACGUGUUCUUUGGCUCUUGGGAUGUGAUGAUUCCACUGGAGCGAUUUCUCAAGCAUUUGACAAUUUCCGUGGUGAAAGUCCAACUUGGUAUUGGAUCACAUACAUUCCACAAUUAUUGCAAUGUCUAUCGCAAAAAGAAGCAAGAUUUGCACGUAAAUUAUUGAUCGAUAUCGCAAAGAUUUUCCCUCAAUCUCUUUAUUUCCAUCUACGCACCACACGUGAGGAAUUGUUGGGACAAAAGCGUUCAACGAUCCUUGCUGCUCAACGUGCUGCUGCUGCUCGACAACAAGCAAUGCAAAAACAACAGCAAUUGGCGAAAGAGCAAGCAGAAAAGAAGGCAGAGGAAGAAGGUGGUGAGAAGGAGAAAUCUGCCGAUAAGCCAGAGGCGAAUGGUGAGGAUGGAGCGGAGCAGAAUGGAGAAGCAGACGGUGAAAAGAAGGAAAGCGAUAUAGCGGAGAAGAAGGCCGAUGAUGCUCAAGGUGACACUGAGAUGAAAGAAGCUGGAACUGAUGCUACAAUCAAAGAGGAGAAGAAGGCUGAAGAUGAAAAGGACAAAGAUGGAUCUUCUGCUGAGAAAGACGUCAAUGGAGAUGCAGAGGAAGCAAAGGAAGGUGCCGAUGAUUCCAAAGAAGGUGCAUCAGCAGAGCAAACUGAAAAUGCAGCUUCUACCACCGCAUCUGCGCCCAGCAACACAACUGCGGCGUCUGCUCAAAGUGUCCCAAGUCAACCAGCCGCUUCUGCCCCAGCGAAUGCAUCUUCUCAAUCACAGCCAGCUGUCACAUCUGCUCCAGCGCCGUCAACGACUACGCCUACUCCAGCUCCUCAACAAGCUCAAGCUGGUCAGCAGCAGAAUGGUGGAACACCUUCUGCAACAGGACAAGGUGCUCGUCAACCAUGGGAAUAUGUCGAUGAUAUUUUGAAUAUUCUCAAGACGGCUUUCCCCUUGUUGGCUUUGACGAUGGAGAACAUGGCAGAACAAAUUCAACAAAGAUUCAAGCCUACCAAUGAUGAAGACAUUUAUCGAUUGACAAAUGCUUUGCUCAAUGAUGCCUUGCAACAGUACAUUCAACGUGCUACUAUGUUGAACGAUAAUGGUCAAUUGCCUCAAUUGAGUGUAGCAAAUGUUGCAAGAUUCGCAGACAAUUUGCCCACGGGAUCACUCAAAUCAUCCUUUGAAGAAGACUUUGUCAAGAGCAAGCCCACAUUGCGCGAAUACUUGCACAAAUUGCAACGCUGGCGCGAUCGAUAUGAAGGCUUGUUGGACAGACGUCCUGCUCGUCAACAUCUUGAGCACUGCUCUCACUACUUGGUCGAAUUCCAACACCAAAGAUUCGAUGAAGUUGAAGUUCCAGGUCAAUAUCUCAAGCUGGAGGAUAACAAUGCAGACUUUGUCAAGAUUGCUCGCUUCCAUCCCACCUUUGAUGUGGUUCGAUCGGCGGGUAUGUGUACCCGUCGUUUGACUAUGCUAUCGAACAAGGGAUCGUCACAUUCGUUCUCCGUCCAAUUGCCUUCAGGACGCUAUUGCAGACGUGAAGAGAGAAUCUUCAUUCUCUUGCGUCUUUUGAACCGUAUCUUGGAGCGUCGGGUGGAGACACGCAAGCGUGGUUUAGCAUUCUCAUCGCCUGCAACUGUUCCACUUUCGCCGCAAUUGCGUUUGAUUGAGACGAAUGCAAGCAUUGUCAGCUUGCAAGAUAUCUAUGAGCGUUAUUGUCAAGAAGUUGGACGUGGAAAGGAAGAUGCUAUUAUUUCUUGGGUCGAGAAGAUGCGUUCUACAUGGGCAUCUACUGGCGGUCGUGGUGGUAUGGUAGAGUUAUCCAAUUUGCGAAUGGACUUGUUGGACGAGAUCAGCACAAAGAUGAUUCCCGAAACGGUCUUGACCAGCUUCUUGACCAGAUCGAUGAAGACACCCGCAGAUCUUUGGGUAUUGCGUAAGCACUUCACUCUUCAAAUGGCAGGCAACAUGUUUUUGACAUAUGUUUUGUUCGUAAGCGCAAGAUUACCAAACAGAAUUCACAUUUCUCGUUCGACUGGUGGUGUUACAAUGUCAGACGUCGUUCCUACUUUCCAUCCUACCUCACCGCAAUUCAAAUCUCCUGACCCAACUCCAUUCCGCCUCACGCCAAACAUUCAACACUUUAUUGGACCGAUUGGUAUUGAAGGUAUUUUGACUUCAGCAUUAGUUGCUAUUGGAAGAUGUUUAUCUGAGCCGGAACGUCAAUUGGAAGAAUACUUGAGCAUCUUUGUUCGAGAUGAAAUCCAAUGGUGGUUACAAUCCGUUCAUCGUCAACAAGAACAACAAAAGCAACAAGCCCAAGCUCAAGCACAAGCUCAGGCAAAGGCACAAGCUCAAAGCGGAUCAUCUGCUGCCAACUUGGCUGCUGCUGCCGCAGGAACGGCUGCCGCUACUGCCGCUCAACAACAACAGCCCAAUGUGCCAUUAGAAGCACCGCGGGAAAUUGUUAUGCAAAAUAUACUUGAAGUUGUUAAACGUGCAAGGUUGAUGUCAUGCAAACAUGAGAUGGACAAAGCUCAACCAUCUACAAUGCCAGUCAGUCAAACGGUGAUCGAUUUGAUCAAUUCAAGCUCUUCACCAUCAAAAUUGGCUCUACAAGAUGUUUCUUGGAUGCCAUUCUUAUGA